AUGAAGUGGCAGACAGUGUCCCUCAUCGCCUUCUCCGGCUCCGCAAGCCUUGCCAGCCCAAUUAAGUCGACGGCCAGAAGUGGCGAGCUGGAUAUCUACACGUUGCGCAUCUCGACAAAAUCCAACAAGUCCCUCGACGGCAAGUACCUAGGCGAGAGCAACAGCACCAUCGGCGUCUUCCAUGGCUCGUCAGCGGUGCGCAUCUACGCCGUGCCUGGCCGCAGCGAGGCCGGAUCCAAUCAGCUGGUCGAGCUGCACACGUACCCGAUCGGCAUCGUCGACCACGCCCUCGCCCUCAGCGGCGCCGGCGAGCAGCUCGACCUCGUCAACCUCGUCAACCCGGCCGCCACCACCAGCGCCGGCGGAGACGACACCUACGACUGGACCUCGUUCAGCCUCGACUCCCAGCCCCGCGACGCCGGGAAGCCGGCUAACUGCGUCGAUUACUCCGCUGACAGGGCCGGUAGGUGGGUCGCCAUCCCGGCCGGCAACGAGGACGAGUGGAGCGUCAAGUGGCAGGGUGCGGAUGGUAUCUUCACUGCGGUGAACAUGCCCAUUGACAUUGUGUAUGAGAAGGUUGAGGUGUGA